AUGGUUGAGAGCGUCAUUCUAGAUUUAGAGCAAGAGUAUGUGCCACUAGACUCGGCACUGAUACGAGCGAUCGUGCUGGACUAUGAUCUGAGCAAAGCUGAGGACGUGCAAGUUGUGCGGGAGCAACUGGAGACGCUUCGCGCAUCAGCUGUUGCGGACGACGCUGCCGGCUUCGACCCCUCCGGCACCAGUGGGAACGAUUGCAUCUCCCAAAGCAGCCAUGCCGCGUCACGGUCGGAACCCGAGUCCGCGAGCAUUGCGACGGGUGUAUCAGGACUUAGUCUUGAGGCUACCUCUGGAUCGGGAUCCAAUUCAUCGGACUCGCAAAGCCAAGUACUAGAUGAGUACGCAAGUCUAAGUGAGGACGCCAAGCUAGCUCUGCUCGUCGAGCUGUUUCCAAGCUUGCGGCCUGUGGACGUAAAGUUCACGCUCGGCAAGUGCGAAAACGACCUUGGCAGGGCCAUGGACGUGCUGUUGAAUCAGGUUUUCUUUGAGGAAGAGGAUGGCAGCGGUUCUCUCGUUGCCAUGCGGGGAGUAGACGCGUUUUCAUCUCCCGCCCAAAUGCCGGCGCCGCGUCGGGGUCGCGCGAAGAAGAGCAAAGCCAGGAAGUUUCAGGAUCUAAAUGAGCAUGCGCGGUCUGCGUCUGCGCCAGCGCACGCGCCUGCGGCGGUAAACAGGUGGGAGCACGCGAACAACGAGAUCUCCUUCAUCGCUACACGCGUCAGGAUGCCCAUCCGAGCAGUGGCAUCUUUGUACCACAUGAGCGGAGCUUCGCAGGCGCGCACUAUCGCAGCGUUGAUGCAGGCACAGAUGCGUGAUGGAACAGCCCAGAAGGUAGACGCACAGCAGGAAGCGUACGCGGUGGAUCUGACUCAGGACUUUCCCGCUUUGUCCUUUGAGCAUUGCUUGGCUCUCAUACGACUCACGACUCCGUCCACGGCGUACGCCCAUGAGCUGGCAAAGGCGCUUACGAUGAACGGGGAGGAUACAAUGCCCCCCGAGGCGCUCAUGCCGCAGUACGUGCCUGUUAAGUUGGACGACGAGACAUCACUAGGCCCAAAGAGCGCGGCUCCCUCUGCAGCAACCACUCCCGUUGGGGACACCAAAAGCCUCCUCGCGGCGCGUUCGGCGGCUUUCGAGAAUGCGUCAAGGUACUAUCGCAAGGGCAAGUCCAACCCGCUAAUGGGCGGUGCCGCAGCCUACUACUCUCAGAUUGGGCGGGAUUACUCCGCGGCGUUGCAUAGCGCGCAAGCCCUCGACGCGGACGCUCUCGUCGCAUCACAGUCUUCAGCGACACAUCUCGAUCUGCAUGGCGUCACGGUCAAGGAAGCGACACGGAUUGCAACCGAAAGGGUCAAGGCGUGGUGGGACGGACUUGGAGAGAGGAAGAUCCCGGGCGGAGGAAGAGCCAUUGGGGAAGGGUAUAGGAUUGUGACGGGUGUCGGGAGGCAUAGUGAGGGAGGCGUUGCGAAGCUAGGCCCUGCAGUGUCGCGGGCCUUGGUCCGGGAAGGUUGGAGGGUUGAGAUUGGGAGUGGGGAGGUCGUGGUUAGAGGACGGAUAAGGACGUGA